AGCCGCCCGUCAUUAGCAUGUCAACAAAUGCGACCUUCGGGCGUCUUCCUCUUCCUCCCGUCGACUCAAACAAGACCGUGCAUCCUCGCUGACACAGAGAAAGAAGAUGAGCGGGAACAGUGACGACAUCAAGCCUGUGAGCUGCAGCAUCAAACCUCCGGUCUACCUGCAGAUUGGAGACACCAAAACCGACGCGGCUCACUCUGGUGUUUGUGUUGUGGAUGUCACCCUCCCCUUUGGGAAGCCUGUCAAUAUUGAGGAGAUCACCUUUAAGAACUACUACACAGCCUACGUGACUGUGCGCUUGCUGAGGAGGAGCGCCGGUCAGGAGGCCUCCGCUAAGUGGUGCACCGCCCUGAGAGACCUGCCUCUGAUGGACAACCCCCACACCGAGGGAGGCUCCCAGGACUACUGCUCCAUCCACAGGGUGCAGAUGCAGGUGGAGCCGGAUCAUGUGAUCUCCGUGAGACUGAUCCUGAGACAGCCGUCCUCUGCCUGGCUCACCUUCAGCCUGGAAGAGAUCAAAAUAUUCCCUCAUGUGGAACCGAACCCUGAGAAGGAGGUUUCUGAUUGGCUGUCUGACCUGACGCUGGUGGACCAACACCCUGACCUGGAGGGCCUCCCGGACCCCCAGACCGUUUCAUCCAGCAUCCAGCAGAUGUGGGCUCUGACUGAGGUGAUGCAGACCAACCAGACUACAGCCUCCAUCGGACGAUACGAUGUGGAUGGAUGCUACGACAUCAACCUGCUUUCUCUGACGUGAUCUGGCAUGGAGCUCACCUUAUGGAAGAAGUAAUGACAAUAAAACGUAUAAAAAUGUACAAAGAGGAACAAAGACAAAGUGUUAAGUAUGUGUUUCUGGAAUGGUAGAGCAUGAUGGAAUGUAACAGCGUAAUGAGAGGAAUAUCAUGAUUUAUUGGGACAUUUAUUUUAAUUGUAUGGUCAAACAUUGCUAUUAACCUAAGCCUGUACUAGGGCAUAUACAAUUUCAGUAUUACAGUAUUAAAUGCAUUUCCUGAUGCAGUUAUUUAUUGAGCUAAAAAGUCGGCUUCCUCUGCAGUCCUGCUCCGAUCCUGCAUACAGUUAUGUAUCAUGAUACUCAUCACUAUUUAACAUUCUGCACACUGCAGCCCACUGACACUAUGGGACGACUUCUCCCUGUAACUGGUUGACUUGUGUUGAGGUCCAUUAUGGCUGCAGGAGGUUUUAAUGAGUCUUAUUUAGCAUGAAAACACACUGAACGUCAUCAGACAACACUUUGAAUGCAUCAGAUUAUUCUGUAAAUACAGAGGGACAGAGUACUGCAUAUAGCAGUGGGUUAUUGAAGAGGUGGGUGUAUAUAUACGCUGUUAACUUCUGUCUUUGAGAGGACAAGUGAGGACAUCGGGGUCAGUUGAGGUUAAAGUUUAGAUGAUCGAAAUUGGGUUUGGUUUGGGUUAAGAUUAGGGAAUUAUUUUUAUAAUUUUGUUGCGUUCUCAGACAAGGAGGAUUGUAUUUUUAUUUAAUUUACAUUUUUCACAACUGCAUAAUAUCACUAAAUUGCCUGUGCACUGUCUGUAUUUAACAUCAUAACUGUGGAUGUAAAACUCGCUGC